CAUAUGGAAUAGGAAAUUUGAUUGCCUAUUUUGAAAGCAAGCCAUUGAGUCAAUCAUUGUUCAAUUUGAGUCAUAUUCAGAGUGUGUGUGUGUGUGUUGCCAAUAAGAAAAGUAAUUGGUUCACGAGCAUUAUCUCUUCAUUAUUGAAUCAAAUGAUACCAUGUGUGAACUAGAACCAACCAAGACACCAAGAUGAAAAAAUUUACCUCAUCAUGUGUCAAAAUGCAAAUUCUUCGUCUUCUCUCUUUCUUCCUCUUUCUCACCUAUGCAGCCUCUCAGUCUCACUCUUUGUUGUAUGAUCAAGAACAUGCAGUCCUAUUGAAGAUAAAGCAAUACUUGCAAAAUCCACCAUUCCUCCAACACUGGACCCCAUCAAACUCUUCACAUUGCUCUUGGGAAGAGAUCAGAUGCACCAAUGGAUCUGUCACUGCAUUGACUAUGUUCAACACCAACAUCACUCAAAAACUGCCAACUUUCCUAUGUGACCUCACAAACCUCAAACACAUUGAUUUUCAGUUUAAUUACAUUCCUGGGGAGUUUCCAACGUCUCUCUACAACUGCUCCAAGCUUGAGUACCUUGACCUCUCACAGAACUUCUUUGUUGGUAAGAUUCCUGAUGACAUUGAUCACUUGGCCAAUCUACAGUUUCUUAACCUUGGUGGCAACAACUUCUCUGGUGAUAUUCCAGCCAGCAUUGGGAGGUUGAAGGAGCUAAGAACCCUUCAACUUUAUCAGUGUCUUUUCAAUGGAACUUUCCCUGCUGAAAUUGGCAAUUUGUCCAACCUUGAAUACUUGUAUGUAUUCUCCACCAGCAUGCUCUCUCCCACAAAAUUGCCAUCAAGCUUGACCCAGUUGAAUAAAUUGAAGGUCUUUCAUAUGUAUGAAUCCAACUUGGUAGGGGAAAUCCCUGAAGCCAUUGGAAACAUGGUGGCAUUGGAGGAACUGGAUUUAUCAAAGAAUGGUUUAAGUGGACAAAUUCCCAGUGGUUUGUUCAUGCUGAAAAAUCUGAGUGUACUAUAUCUUUACAGCAACAGCCUCUCUGGGGAGAUACCUGGAGUGGUUGAAGCAUUCAGCUUGACAGACCUUGAUCUUUCAGACAAUAGUCUUAGUGGGAAAAUACCAGAUGAUUUUGGAAAGCUUAACAACUUAACGCACUUGUCUUUGUCUAUGAAUCAGUUAUCUGGGAAAGUACCAGAAAGCAUUGGUCAUCUGCCAAAUCUCACUGAUUUUGUUGUUUUUCUCAACAAUUUGUCGGGUACACUUCCUCUAGACUUCGGUCGGUUCUCGAAGCUUGAAACAUUUCAGGUUGCAUCUAAUAGUUUCACAGGAAGGAUGCCAGAGAACUUAUGCUACUGUGGAAGGUUAGUUGGUCUAACUGCUUAUGACAAUAACCUGAGUGGGGAGUUGCCAGAAUCCUUAGGAAGUUGCAAUAGCCUGCAAUAUCUGAGGGUUGAAAACAAUGAGCUUUCUGGAAACAUUCCCAGUGGUCUAUGGACAUCUAUGAAUUUGGAAACAUUGAUGAUAAAUGAAAAUAAGUUCACUGGUCAGCUUCCUGAAAGAUUGUCUUGGAAUCUUUCAUUCCUGGCCAUAAGCUACAAUCAGUUUUCUGGUGGAAUUCCACAUGGAGUGUCUUCUUGGAAAAGUGUUGUGGUGUUCAAUGCCAGUAACAACUUCUUCAAUGGUAGUAUUCCACUAGAGCUAACAUCUCUUUCCCAGCUAACAACUCUUCUGCUUGAUCAUAACCAGCUCACAGGGCCACUUCCAUCAGAUAUAACAUCAUGGAAGUCCCUAAUAACUCUAGAUUUGAGCCACAAUCGACUCUCUGGCGAAAUUCCAGAUGCAAUUGCUCAGUUGCCUGCCCUUAAUAUUUUGGAUAUGUCAGCGAACAAAAUCUCAGGAGAAAUUCCACUUCAACUAGCCCUUACAAGAAUCACAAAUCUCAAUCUGUCCUCCAAUCAUUUGACGGGGAGGAUCCCAAGUGAAUUUGAAAACCUUGGGUAUGCUAGAAGCUUUUUGGACAAUUCUGGUCUGUGCGCUGGUACCACAGUGCUAAACCUUACCUUGUGCAAUUCUAGGUCUCAAAGUGCAAGAAUUGAAAGAAAAUCUGAGUCUCAUGCUAUAAUGAUUACCCUGGUGGUAGCAGCCUCCAUACUGGCUUUGUUGUCAUCAUUGUUGAUGAUCAGAGUUUACAUCAAAAGAAAGCAAGAAUUGAAAAGGUCAUGGAAGCUCACUUCCUUUCAGAGGCUGAGUUUCACAAAAGCAAACAUUGUGUCCUCAAUGUCAGAACACAAUAUCAUUGGCAGUGGAGGAUAUGGUGAAGUAUAUCGUGUUGCUGUUGAUGAUUUAGGCUAUGUUGCAGUGAAAAAGAUAUGGGGUAGCAGAACUUUAGAGCAGAAGCUUGUAAGUUCAUUUCUUGCAGAAGUUGAAAUACUGAGCAAUAUUCGUCACAAAAACAUUGUAAAGUUGCUAUGCUGCAUCUCCAAUGAGGAUUCUCUGCUCCUUGUCUAUGAGUAUCUGGAAAACCAUAGCCUUGACAGAUGGCUUCACAAGAAAAGUAAGACAUCACCUGUGUCAGGUUCAGUCCUUGAUUGGCCAAAGAGAUUGCAUAUAGCCAUCGGAGCUGCACAAGGUUUGUGCUACAUGCAUCAUGAUUGCUUAUCACCCGUUGUUCAUAGAGAUGUUAAAACAAGUAACAUUCUGUUGGAUUCUCAAUUCAAUGCAAAAGUUGCUGAUUUUGGUCUGGCCAAGAUGUUGAUGAAGCCAGAAGAAUUUGCUACCAUGUCAGCCGUGGCUGGCACAUUUGGCUAUAUUGCUCCAGAAUAUGCUCAAACAACAAGAGUCAAUGAGAAGAUAGAUGUGUAUAGUUUUGGAGUAAUCCUAUUGGAACUGACAACUGGAAAAGAAGCCAAUCAUGGAGAUGAAUACUCAUCUCUUGCGGAAUGGGCGUGGCGCCACAUUCAGGUAGGGACCGAUGUAGAAGACAUUUUGGAUGAAGAAAUUAAGGAAGCAUGUUACAUAGAUGAAAUGUGCAACAUCUUCAAACUAGGGGUCAUGUGCACUGCAACACUUCCAGCUAGUAGACCUUCCAUGAAAGAAGUCCUGAAAAUACUGCUCUCCUGCAGCAAUCCACUUACCAAUGGAGAGAAGAAAGCUGGUUUCAAUGAUGCUGUUCCACUUCUUGAGAAUUCAAAUUGGGAAAAGCAGGUGGAAUUCUAUAGUGAUGAUGAUUGAUGGAAGCUUGUUAGUUUGCAUCCCAGUUUGAGUAUCCUAUAUGAUAAUAACACAAAGGUCUCAACUUUAACAAAAAGGCUAGUCUUGAAGUCAAAAUUGGAGACAAUGAAACUCAAAGUACAGCGUCCGUAUAACUAGAUAGAGGAUAGCCUAAAUCAGCUCAAGUUACUUGUAGUAGAAGACUAGAAGUGCUUUGCUAAUUGCAAAUGGAAACUAAGCUCGGUAAUAUUGAAGAAAGAAUUGCCAUUUUAUCUUGGUUUUGAUUUUAUGAUAGUGCAAAAUAGUUUCUGAGUUUUCACUUUUCUGUCCAUAGACUCCCAAAUAUAAAGGAAGCUAACAUGUAAAAUUAGGAACAAAGUCCGCUAAUGUCCAUCGGUGAACAUAAAUGGGUCUUGAUUGUAGGAAGAAGAAACAAUAAAGCGCUUAUUGUUACUCAA